AUGAAUGACACAACUGGCAUCACCACUGCCGCUGCCCGACUUGUUGGAAUAACAGAUGAAGCGAUACGAUUCUUCCAACAACUUGACCGGAAUACCAACUCUGUCUCGAAACGCGUGCAGCAGCUUGAGAGUUUUUCGAAAUUAGCCAGGGAUGUUGAGCUGAAACCUGUGGCUAAUGAUCAUGAUGACGAAGAUCAACUCAGUCUGACCAAACAGAUAUUAAUUUACUGUUAUAAACUCAUCAGCAGAAUUCUCUCUCAGCUCGAAUGGGUUGAUAAUGGCGGUAAACACACUUCUACUCAGCAGGGACUGCUUGGGGUCUACGCUGAGCUGAAUAAUCGCGAAGUCAAGGAUCUGUUUGAGGAUCUGCAUAGGGAGCAGCUAUGCCUCGUAGCUUUUCGAAAUUCAAGAUUCAAGCCGCUAUCUUGGGCUUCAGAGUCUGAUAGCCGUCCUUUAGAAUAUUGCCACACUUUCAUGGAUCACGAGUCAGGUUUCUUGAACUUGUUGUUUGUCACAGAUCCAAGAGAAGACCGCGCAUCUAUCCAGUCAAGCCAAGGGCCCAUCGCCAAAGGAACAUGUACCUGGAUCAUCGAAACAUCCGCAUACAGGUCAUGGCUCUCAGGGUCCGGUGACUCCAAGGGCCUUCAUAUCCAGGGCGGCGAAGGCCACGGCAAGACUAUGUUAGCUAUAAACCUAACCGAGCAGCUGGAGAAGCUUGCUAUGUGUAUGUCAACCGACACAGUAUUAUACUUCCUUUGCAGCCAUGGAAAUAUCAACACCAAUUCGGCCCCGGCUGUCCUUCGUGGUCUUAUUUGGCAGCUCUGCAGAUUACGUCCUGCCCUCUUGCAUCACGGGCUAAAUAGAGCUGUAUCGACCGGCGAAGGGAGAACUGUGUUAGCAACCAACUCAGUCGAAACUCUUUGGCAAAUAUUCGCCGCAAUGGUCCAAAAUCCUAACGCAGGAACUGUUACAUGCGUUGUUGAUGGGCUUGACGAAUGUGAUGAGUCUUCGAUCAAAGCACUGGCUGGGAGGUUCUCGGAACUGCUAUCUUCAGAAAAUCAUAGUCGUCGAAACUUCCGGAUCCUUUUGACCAGCCAACCAUACCAGCAAGACAAUUUCUCCACUGAGUUUUCAGUAAUAUGCCUAGACGCAGAUGCACUCAAGCCUAACGUUCAAGAUGUACAGCGUUUAAUCAAUCAUCAUGUUUCUAAUAUCGCACAUAAACAUGGCUGGUCUCAAGACUUUCAAGAUCAGAUCAGCAAGAGCCUCGCAAAAAGGGCUGGUGGUUCGUUCCUCUGGGCAAACAUAGCUGUUUCUGGACUUCAAGGGCAAGACGAAGGUGAUGCAGCAAAAUAUCUUGACGAUCUUGCUGGACACAUCAACGCCAUCUAUGAAAGAUCUCUCUUGGCUGUCCCACUAGAGUUCCGCCAAAAGGUGCGAUCACUCUUGACUUGGAUAGCUCUGGCAUACUAUCCACUGAGCCUCCGGGAACUAAGCACUCUUACCAGCGAUGAAUUUUCAACGCCAGACACUGUUUUGAUGAAUCUGAAGGCUUGUUUGGGUUACUGUGGGACUCUUCUUGUGACCAAGACCGAGAUAAGAAGAUUUGGAUCUGGAUAUGAAACCAUAAAAACCAUUCAGUUCUCCCACCGAUCGGUCAAAGAUUAUCUGCUUCAGCCUCAUGUUCUACGAACCGCUACCGACACCGAUGAUGAUUUUAACUUCUUUCAAAUCAUCCCAGAUAACGGGCAUGAGAUUCUGGCUUCUCGCUGUUUGGAAAUUAUGGAGAAAGGGCUUAAAACAGAGGCUGAAAGGGAGAACUCGUGGGAGUAUGCUAAUGCUUUACCAUAUGCCUCGCGAUAUUGGUUCAGACAUCUCCGACAGUGUCCCGAACAGCUUUGCGAUGAGACCUUGGCAAAAAGAGCGUUGACUUUCCUGAUGCGAAACCAUGGAAACCGAAGACUCUGGUUCUAUUACCUCUCCAAACUGAGACACGGUCGGGGAGAUACAUCGAUCAUUCCCUCGACAGCAUCCGAGCAUCAUGACACGAUUGGGGGACUCCAAGAGAUCAAUGAAAGUGAUGUCAUAUUCUUUGAACAACCAAAGGAUACAACUUCUGCAACCCAGCUCAAAGACCUCCAAUUGGCAUGUCUCCUUGGUGUUGUUCCCAUAGCAAGAAAGAUUCUUGUUAGCACAAGCUUGCUCACCUACCUAAGACAAGCCAAUAUUAGCUCGCUUUACAGUCACUCUCGACCAAGACCAAGGUGUGAGGAUCGAGUGAUAAAGGUCCAAAGAGGUGGAAUACUACCACUAAGCACAGCGGAGAUCGUGGCUAUGACGCCUAUCGAACUUACGGUUCUCGGCGGCCACCACAAAGUCGCUUCGUUAUUGCUCGACCGCUAUCCUCGACGGCCCAUAUGGCAAGAUUUAUCAUUUGCUUUGGCUACUGCUGUCAGUCGCUGCGAUGAGGAUAUGGUUAGGCUACUGAUAGAGGCUGGUGCUCCGAAGCUCAAAGCUUCUAAGCAGCUAGAAGGACCUAUCUGCACUGCUGUGGUCAACCGAAGGCUUGAUGUGGUCAAGUUUCUUUGUUGUUCUGAAGCCAAGAUUUGGGCGAAGCCGAAGACCAAGUUAGAUGAAGUAACACAAGCUUUGAUGUGUCUUUCCAGUGCUGCCGACUCAAGCUUACUCGAUAGAGAGGUCUUCAUCCAGUAUGCAAAGGUUUUACUUCGUGGAGGCGCAUCUCCUGAUGGCUUCGACAUGUAUGGAGGAAACCAUGGCUUCAGAUACUGGAAACGAGUUGUGAUGGAAUAUUUACACAGGCAUGGCAUCACCCUACAGAAUCUGGGACCAUAUCCCAAUAGAGAGACCCCCCUAAUGGUCUUCGUCUCUUCAAUAGGUGCAAACAGCUCACUGUCUGACCCAGUGGACGCUGUUCAGUUCCUCUUGGACUCCGGAGCAUCUAUCAACCAAACAGAUCUGAAAGGCUGGACUGCAUUGCAUCACGUCGCCAACCAGAUUGCUCUGGGUAGAGCGAAGAAGAGUUACGAAACUACAGAUGACGCAGAAGAGUAUCAACUUUACGAGAUCGCGAAUCUUCUUUUAACAGCUGGCAUUGAUCAAAAGUUGGAAGACAGGGAGAAGCGUAGAGCCGCUGAUAUCCUGCGCGUGGUGGGAGCGCCGAUCUGGAAUAGGGAUAUCUCGGACGAUCCCAUCAUUUAA